GGGGCCGUGAGCAGGGCCCGGAGCCGCUGCCGGGGCCCGGCGGGGUCGGGAAAGGCACCGGCACCGGCACCGCCUGUCCCGGGAUCGGCACCGGCACCGCCUGUCCCGGGGCCGGGCUCAGCGCGUUCGGAGCCACCGGGAUCGGUGUCGGGGGACCGGGACUGAAAUUGGAAGCCACUGCCGGUGAAGCCGGGACGGGUGUCAGGCGUCUGGGAACCGGUACCGGUUAUCCCGGGGCCAGUAGCGGCGACCCGGAGCGAGUGUCGGUGACGCGGGGAGGGUGUCGCGAGUCGGGAACCGGUACCGGUUAUCCCGGGGCGGGUGUCGGGGAUCCCGGAACCGGUACCGGUUAUCCCGGGGCGGGUGUCGGGUAUCGGAGCCGCUGUCGGUGACCCGUAGGCCCUACCGGUGACCUGGAGCGGGUGUCAGUGCCUCGGUACAGGGACCCGGGGCAGGUGUCAGUGACUCAGAGCCGGUACCGGGACCCGGGGCUGGUGCUGCUGCAGCGGUACCGGUGACCUGGCCCAGGUGUCCGUUCCCCCAUUCCCUGUCCCAGUGCCAGUCCGGGUGACCCGGAGCGGGUGUCACUGCCCCGGUACCGGUGAUCUGGAGCCACUGUCCGUGACCCCAGUGCUGGUCCCAGUGCCAUUCCUGGUUCCAGUUCCGGUACUGGUGACUCAGUCCCGGUGACCCGGGGCCGGUGUCUGUUACCCCAGUGCCGGUCCCGGUGCCAGUCCCGGUCCUGAUGACCAGGUGUCCGUAACGUCCCUGCUGGUCCCGGUUCUGCUCCCAGUGCUGGUUCCAGUUCUGGCUCCACUCCCGGUUCCAGUGACAGUCCCGAUGCCAGUCCUGGUCCCUGUGACCCAGACCAGGUGUCUGUGACCGCAGUGCCCGUCCUGGUUCCAGUCCUGGUGCUGGUUCGAGUCCCGGUGACCCAGAGCCGGUGUCCAUAACCCCAGUGCCGGUCCCGGUGCCGGUUCCAGUCUCAGUCCCAGUCCUGGUGACCCAGAGCCGGUGUCCAUAACCCCAGUCCCAUUCCCAGUCCCAGUGCCACUCCCAGUCCUGGUGACCCAGGGCCGGUGUCCGUAACCCCAGUCCCGGUUCCAGUCCCAGUUCCAGUCCCGGUCCCAGUGACCCAGGGCUGGUCUCCGUAAUCCCGGUCCCAGUCCCAGUUCCAGUCCCGGUUCCAGUCCCAGUCCCGGUGACCCAGAGCCAGUGUCCAUUACCCUGGUCCCGUUCCUGGUUCCGGUUCCAGUCCCGGUGCCGGUUCCAGUCUCAGUCCCGGUCCCGGUGACCCAGAGCCAGUGUCCGUAACCCUGGUCCCAUUCCCGGUUCCAGUCCCGGUGCCGGUUCCAGUCUCAGUCCCAGUCCCGGUGACCCAGAGCCAGUGUCCGUAACCCUGGUCCCAUUCCCGGUUCCAGUCCCGGUGCCGGUUCCAGUCUCAGUUCCGGUUCCGGUGACCCAGGGCCGGUAUCCGUAACCCCGUUCCCGGUCCCGUUCCCGCUCCCUCCCGGCGAUGUACUCGGCGGGCGCGGCGGGCGCGGUUCCGUCGCGGCGGCGUGGCGCGGCGGCGCUGCCCAAGCAGCCGGAGCGCAGCCUGGCCUCGGCGCUGCCCGGGGCGCUGGCCAUCACCGCGCUCUGCACCGCGCUGGCCGAGCCCGCCUGGCUGCGCAUCCACGGCGGCACCUGCGCCCGCCAGGAGCUGGGCGUGGCCGACGUGCUGGGCUUCGUGCAGCCCGAGCUGCUGCGAGAUUUCUGCAUGAACCCGCAGACAGUGCUGCUGCUCCGGGUCAUUGCUGCUUUCUGCUUCCUGGGCAUCCUGUGCAGCCUCGGCGCCUUCCUGCUCGACGUCUUCGGGCCCAAACACCCGGCCUUGAAAAUCACCCGGCGCUACGCCUUCGCCCACAUCCUCACAGUCCUGCAGUGCGCCACCGUGAUCGGGUUCUGCUACUGGGCCUCGGAGCUGCUCCUGGCGCAGCAGCAGCAGCACAAGAAGUACCACGGCUCCCAGGUGUUCGUCACCUUCGCCGUCAGCUUCUACCUGGUGGCCGGCGCGGGCGGCGCCUCCAUCCUGGCCACGGCCGCCAACCUGCUCCGGCACUACCCCAGCGAGGAGGAGGAGCAGGCCCUGGAGCUGCUCUCCGAGAUGGAGGAGGCCGAGCCCUACGGCCCCGACUACGAGGUGGUCAACCAGUUCCAGCCGCCGCCCGCCUACACGCCGUGAUGGCGGCCGGCGCCUGGUGGCCACCUUGGUCAUGGUCAUCGUGAUGGUGGCCACCGUGAUGGAGGCCAGCGGGGUGGUGGCCGCCUUGAUCCUGGUCACCAUGAUCAUGGCCAUUGUGAUGGUGGCCACCAUGAUGACGGCCAGAGGGGUGGUGGUCACCUCGGUCACGGUCAUCGUUAUGGUGGCCACCGUGAUGGAGGUCAGCGGCGUGGUGGCCAUCUUGAUCGCAAUCACCAUGAUUGCAGUCGUCAUGAUCCUGCUUCACCAUGAUCAUGGUCAGCGUGGUUGUGGCCACCAUGAUGGUCAGCGGGGUGGUGGCCACCUUGAUCCUGGUCACCUUGAUUGCAGUCAUCAUGAUCCAGCUCACCAUGAUCAUGGUCAGCGUGGUGGUGGCCACCGUGAUGGUGGUCAGUGGGGUGGUGGCCACCAUGAUCCUGGUCAUCAUGAUGGCCACCACGAUCGUCACCUUGAUCCCAGUCACCAUGAUUGCAGUCAUUGUGAUCCCGGUCACCAUGAUCAUGGUCAGCAUGAUGGUGGCCACCAUGAUUGGGGUCAUCACGAUUGUGGUCACCUUGAUCCCAGUCACCGUCACCAUGGUCAUCGUGAUGGUGGCCACCACGAUCAUGGAUCGAGUGGCCGGAGAGGCCGGAUCAUCGCCAUGGGGGUGGGGAUGUGGUGUGGGAGGGUUGGCUGGGGUGAUGUCAAGAGGUCUUCCAGGGGAGGAUUUGGCCAGGUGGAUCCCAAGAACUCUUACAGCAAAGGAUUUCUCCGGGUGGAUCCCAGGAGAUGUUCCAGGGAAGGGUUUCUCCGGGUGGAUCUCUGGAGGUUCUUCCAGGGAAGGAUUUCUCCAGGUGGAUCCCAGGAACUUUUUCAACAAAGGAUUGGUCUGGAUGGACACGGGAAGUUCUUCCAGGGAAGGAUUUGUCCUGGUGGAUCCCAGGAACUCUUCCAGGGAAGGAUUUCUCCAGGUGGAUCCCAAGAGAUCUUCCAGCAAAGGAUUGGUCUGGAUGGACACGGGAAGUUCUUCCAGCAAAGGAUUUCUCCAGGUGGAUCCCAGGAACUCCUCGGGGGCCUCGAUCCCAGAGUUGGUUCCGUGGCUCCAGAGGGGUUCGGACACCGGGGGGAACGUUGGGAUCUCCUGCUCCAGGUGGAUUUUCCUUGGAAUGAGGGGAGUGAGAUCCACCUGGACUGAGAACUUUGGGAUCUCCAAUUCCCAACAGAUCCAGAACCCAAUUCCUAAGGGAUUGAGAACUUUGGGAUCCCCAUGGACUGAGAGCUUUGGGAUCCCCAUGGAUUGAGAGCUUUGGGAUCCCCAUGGAUUGAGAGCUUUGGGAUCCCCAUGGAUUGAGAACUUUGGGAUCCCCAUGGACUGAGAGCUUUGGGAUCCCCAGUUCCCUGUGGAUCAAGAACUUUGGGAUCCACCAUUCCCCAUGGACUGAGAACUUUGGGAUCCCCAAUUCCCACCAGAUCCCAAACUCUGGGAUCCCCCAUUCCCCACCCCAGCCCCUCUCCUGGCUCAGCCCCCCCCUUUCCCCACAGGAAUAUUUCUCCCCCUAUUUAAAAAUUUGGGAAUUCCCAUCCCCGCUCCCCCUUUCCCCCCCAUGGACAUUCUGCACUUUAUUCCAGGCUCUGGGAAUUCCGGGAUCACCUUUGGGAUUUUUUUUUUUUUUUUUUUUUGGGAUCAUCCCACAAAAUUUGGGAAUUUUGGCCUCCCGGGAAAUCGGGAUGAUCCCUGCUGGAAAAACCCGGAGCUUUUAUGCAAAUCCCUCCGCUCCCAUCCCACUUUUCCCCCGCAAAAUUCCCAAUUUUUUCCCCGCUCUGAUUUUUUCCCAGAAAUUUUUGGGGCCAAAACAAAAAAAUAGGAAAAAAAAAAUCCCGUCAGGACUGAAAUUCCCAACAAAAUUCCCAUUCCUGGAACGCUUCGGCUCAGGGGGGAUUUUUUAGGGAAUCUCCUGAAGUUUUAGGGAAUUUUAACCCCGGGAUCUGACUCCUUGGAGGUCCCGAUGCUUUUAUCCCGAUUUUCCCUCUUUUAUCCCGAUUUUCCUGCUUUUAUCCUGAUUUUCCCGCUUUUAUCCCCAUUCUCCUGCUCUUUUUUCCCUUUUUUUCCCAUUUUUUCUUCCCCCUGGCUAUGCAAGAGCUCCCCCAGGAUGGAAAUCCCAGAAAAAUCCUGGAAAAAUAAAAAUUCCGAGAAAAAAAGAAAAAAAUCCCGGGAAGGGUUCGGGAGGAGCCGAACUGACCCUAAAAACCCCCGGGGAAAACCCCGGGAUUUGGGAUCCGCCGGGAAGAGCUUCGGGAUUCCCUGGAUAUGCAAAGAGGGUGUGAAUAAAUCUGUGAAAAAUGGGA